CAGGGGCGCUCCCAGCAAUUUCCAGACUUUCCUCCCAAACUUACUGUACUAAAGUUCUCGCAGCGGCAGUCACCCACACCACACUUACUCAACACAGAUACAAUGUCAGCAGGAGGAGCUGGCGUCGCUAGGGUGCUCGAGAAGCUCGCCACUUCCGUCAAAGAUGGCAACUACUACGAAGCGCAUCAAAUGUACCAUUCUGUUUGCCAGAGGUACCUAAAACAACGGAAAAUCGCCAGCGCCCUCCAACUCCUCCACCAAGGCGCCAAGAACAUGCUGGAGCACGACCAGCUCGGCUCCGCGGCCGACCUCGCUUCGCGCAUGCUGGAUGUGUAUGAUGGGGAGAAGUUGGGGGUGGAUGAUGCGACGAGAUCGAGGGCGUUGGAUAUCUUUUACGAUUUCCCGUUGAGGACGGAGCAGUGUGAUCAGUAUGUCCGUAAUAGCUUGAAGUGGUCCGCCAAAUUCGGCGAGUACCCGACUGGAGACCCACUCAUGCAUCACGCCAUCGGGUCACGGUACUACAAAGAAAAACAAUACUAUGACGCCGAGUUCCACUUCCUCUACGGCCCCUCCUCCAGCGCCGCCGCCUACGGCCACAUGGCCCACGACUGGUCCACAGAGGACUAUUUCCCAGACGCCGGCUACUUCAUCCUCCGCGCGGUGGUGCAGUACCUCGCCCUACGCAAGAUCCACCACGCUGCGACCGCGUUCGAGGCCUUCGCCAAAGAUCUCCCUGCUGACGCAAAAGCCCAAACCGUUCCAUUCGACAAAGUAGCGGAAUUUACGGUGGGAAAGACUCCAACGCCGGAAGUGGUAGUAUAUAAAUCCUCCCUAGUGAAUUUCGCGCAAUUGUUGGUAUUGUGCGCGCAGAUGGACGCGCCGGCGCAGUUUACGGUGUUGAGGAAUGAGUAUAGGAGUGUUUACUCGUUUGAUGGGUUUGUGGUGGAGAUGGUGGAGAAGAUUGCCGAUGUGCUGUUUGGGUUGGGGCCGAAGAGGGCUGCUAAUCCUUUUGAGGAUAUUAUGAAAUCAUUCUUCGGGGGUGCGCCGGGUGGAGGGGCGGCACCGAGGGCGGCGAGGCCAUCUAUACAGUCCUCUAUUCAGAACUUGGACAUGGACUGAGGAUGGCCCUAUGAGAUGCGCAGUGGCGAAGGCGGCGUAGCAUUACGCGAUUCAUGUGGGGCUCGAUGCAUCGCAAUGCAUAGUGUAUAGACGCGGCGGGUAGAUACAUCCCGCACCCGCGAAGUACAUAGUCCCUGACAUCAGGUAGCAAUUGAGCCACGCCUAUCGAUCCCCAUGGUCUCAAAUAGCCUUCCUAGCGUAGCCUAUGCCCUACACCCUACCCCUAAUACCGAAUAUAAUCCUUCGCAUCCAACUUCC